AUGCACAUACAUAUGCGAGACACUCGAGACGCAGCCAAAGUCAAGCCUGGGACAGGAGGGGAGAUGGGGCUGAAGGGCCGCUGGUAUCGGCGACUCGGGCCUACGGGUAUACCUUCUGGGCGCAGCUCAAGCUCGAGAGGCAUUGUGGCGUUGCCUGUGCCGAGGAGGGACCCCGCAACAGUAGCAGCAGCAGCAGCAGCCACGGGGGGCACUUUGCAUGCAACAAAGGCGGAGAGAGGGGCCCCUGAGGGCCCUUCGUUUACAGAGACGGUGCAGCAGGUGCUGGAGAACCUGCAGCACCUCUCGGACCCUUUUCGUGUUCAGCAGCAGAUAACGCUGCAGCAGCAGCAGGCCCAUGCUGGGGAGCGGUAUACAAGGUAUAUAGACAUCACAGCAGUAGCAGAUAGCAGCAGACGGCGCUCUAGGGGGAAGCCAGUGGACAGAAGCUGCAACAGCAGCAGCUGCUUCUACAGCGGAGACACGUUAGCCUCAACGGGCGACCGGAAGCAGCAGCGGCAGCUGCAGCUGCUGCUUCAGCUGCUGCCAGCUGAGGGGCAGCAGCUGCUGCACGAUGUCCUGACUGCAGAGCAGCAGCAGCAACACUAUCUGCUGCAUCUGCUGAGCCAUGCGAUGCAAGAAGAGCGCAGGACAGCAGCAGGAGCUGCUGCACGUAAAGAGUUUAUUGCUGCUGCUGCAGCAGUUGACCAUCUACUGCAAACCGGCCACGCACCUCCACCCCCAGCCGCAGCAACAGCAGCAGCAGCAACUGCAGCAGCAGCAGCAGCUGAUGUACCACACCUGGCAGGGCCGACUACGCUUAAGAAGGCGCUCCCCCCUCCUCCGGAUGCUUCCUCAGUAGCUACUGCAGCAGCCGCAGCAGCCGUUGCUGCUGCUACCAGCACCAGCAGCUGCGGAGGGCAACUGCGGGUGGGCCGAGACCCUUCGGGGGUUCUUGCUGCACUGCGCAGCGGCAAGACAAAAGAAGAAGGGACUCAUCAGCUGCAGCAGCACACCGGCAGCAGCAUCAGCAGCAGUCCUACAAAAAGCGGCUGGAGGACGGAGCAGAGGGCGCAGCAGCAGCGCAUGCACACCGCAGCAGAAACCCUCAGGGCCCAGACGCUGCAGCAGCAACUUGUGCUGCAGGAGGAGCUGCUGAUGCGGAAGCAGUUGGAGACCCGCAUCCACGCACUCCUCACGCAAAAGACCACCAAUCAUCAUCAUCAUCAGCAGCAGCAGCAGCAGAUUCGCAUAGCCGCGGCUCUCAGACGCCCCUCACUGGAUGCAGCGGGCGCCGUGGAGCCGCCGCACUUCCCCCUUUUGGCCUGCACAAUUGCUCAGCAGCGACUAAACAGCAGCAGCAGUAGCACUAGGAUUGAAACAAACCUGCAGCAGCAACAGCAGCAGCAGCAGCAGCAGAUGAAGCGAGAGAGUGCUCAGUUGGAGGAUUCUGUAGUAGUAGAGGCCUUGAAAGAAGCCGAAGAGCUGCUACUGCGGGAGCAGCAGCAAACUGCUGCCUUCAAGCAGGCGGUCGUCUCCCCUAUAAGCUACUUGAAUAGCCCUGCAGCAGCAGCAGUUGGUGAAGUAGCAACAGCAGCAACACCAAGCCCAUGCGAUGCAGCAUCCUGCUGCUCCCACGCAACAACUGACAAGCUGCAGCUGCUGCAGGAGACAGCCGCCAGGCUAGGGCCAGCGACGCACUGCAGCAACGAUCUAUUGCUGCAGCAGCAACACCAACAGCGGCAACAACAACAACAGCAGCAGCAGCAACAGGACGCAAGUUGGCAGCAACGGCAAGACGCUGCGCAUGAGGAACGAGGAGUCCUGUCGUCCCAGCCGCAGCCCAUCCCUCAGCCGCUGCUGCUGCCGCAGCAGCAAAUGCUGCAGCAGGAGCAGACGCAGCAGCCAAUGCAGCAGCAGGUGUUCGCACUGCUGCAACAAAUGCUGCUGCAGCAGCAAUCCAUCCAGCAGCAGACGCUGCAGCAGCAGGAAAGGGUUUACUCCUCCCAGCAGCAGCACCAGCUGCUGGUGCUCGAUAAGGAGCAGCAGACUGACAAACUUGAGGGCCUGUCGCGGCUGCCUUCUCUACUGGAGUGCAGCAGGCAGCAGCAGCGCCUCCGCGGUGCUGCUGCUGCAGCAGCUGCACCCGGUGCACCAGCUGCAGCAGUUUCUGUAGCCCCAUCUGAACCCCACAGCCAACUACUAGAAGCACAACAGCCUCAGAAACAGCAGCUGCAGCAGCAGCAGGCUCGCUCCAUUGAAUUCUGUAGCAGCAAGACAGGGCAGCCAUGCCACACUGCAGACGCGUCUGAAUACCCAAACCAGCGCCAAAACCAGGAGCAACAGCAACAGGAGCAGGAGCAACUGCUGCAGCAGCGUGGGCAGGGGCACCAUCAGCAGCUGCAGCAGGAAAAGCAACAGCAGGAGGAACAGGAGCAGGAGCUCCAACUACAGCAGCAACUGCUGGAGGACACCCAGGAGCAACAGGACCAUAAGCAAGACGGGGAGGAGCGGCGGCAGAGGCAACUAAAGCACCAACAACAGCAAACGCUGCAACAGCAGCAGCAGCAGCAACAACAGGCCCAACUGCAGCCGCGUCAACAGCUGCAGCAGCAGCAACAACAACAACAAAACCAGCGCCAGGAACCUCGGGCACAGCAGCAACAACACCGAGUGGACCUGGGGCAAACACAACUGCAAGAACAGCACCAGGACGGGCAGCAGCAGCAGGAGCAGCAGAAGGAACUGCUACCUCAUCUUCGAAGGCAGCAGCCUCAACGCAGUCCCUCACCGCGCAGAACAAAGCGCAAACGCCUGACCGAGCUGCCGCAGCGGCAGCAACUGCAGCAGCAGCAGCAACAGCAGCGUAGAAGCUGCAGCAGCGCGUCGAGAAGCCCCAAGCUUAGUGUGGAGCAGAGAAAGUCACAAACAGCAUCUGCAGCAGCAACAGCAAAGGGGGCCUCAAUAAGCUGCAACAGCCAGCAGCAGCCUUCCUCCCCACAGCCCACAGCCAGUCGCGCGGGAGGGGCCCAACCCCGUCGGAGCCACAGCUGUGGGCAACAGCAGCAGCAGCUGCAGCAGCAACAGCAACAGCACUCCCAGAAACUGCUGCCGCACCACCAACAGCAGCUCCAGAAGCGGCGGCCGCAACAACAGCAGCAAAAGCAACAGCAGCAGAAACAGCAUCGGCUGGAGCAGCACGAACAGCAGCAGCAGCAACGGCAACAGCAACAGCAGCUGCAGCAGCAGCAGCAACAACAAGAGUUGCAGCAGCAGCAGCAACAACAAGAGCUGCAGCAGCAGCAACAGAGUAUCCUAGAACUGUGUCGUUCUCCUCCUCUUACCCCUCGAGAUGGGGGCCCCAGCCUUCGACUCAUUCGCGGCAGGCAGACCUUCACCCACUGCGGGCAGCCCCUCCCUCAGCAGCAACAACGGCAGCAGAGGUUUAAACCUAAACCCCGCUCCCUCACUGCUUUUGUUCCUUACCAAGGAAGCCUGCAUCAGCCGCUGCAGCUGCAGCUGCAGCAGCAGGAGGAGCAGCAGCAGCUGCUGCUGGAAGAAGAGCUGCAACUCGAAGAGAUGAACUCCUUUGCGGUCUCUCAAUUCAACAGCAGCAAUACCCGUAAGGCCAUAUUCGGAGGGGACCAGGGACACCAGCAGCAGCAACAGCAGCAGGAGCAUCAACAGAUCACGGGGGGGCCCGCUGCGGUGUAUAGGGGGUUCUUCUCUUCAAGCAAGGAGAGGGGGGCCAGCGGAGGGCAGCAACGCCAGGCACCGGCAGACGAAAGCAGCCCACAGCCGAUACACAAAACAACAACAGCAGCAACUCGUGACGCAGCAGAAGCGCCCGCUGCUGCUGCAGCAGCUGCUGUUCCCGCUGCAGCAGCAGCUGCAGCUGCCCCAGCGCCACAGACGUCGGGUGAACGAGGUGCACAACAAAAGUCUGCAGCGUCAGCUGCUCCAGCAACAGUAAUGGCCGCUGCAGCAGCAGCAGCAGCAAACGUUGGGACCUUCGCCAGAACAAAAAAGGGUUUGGGCGGAGCAACUCAACGGAGCUACAGCAGUUGCACAUACACCUCAGCCGCUCGCAGUGUAUCAGGGCCUCCCUUUAGUACGAACCGCGCCUACACUGCGCUGCAGUCACCUGCAGCAGCAGCAGCAGCAAGGGCGGCUGAUGCUGGAGCAGACGUCGAUGCGGGAAGCAACAAUAACAGUAACAGUAACAGCAGCAGCAGCAGCACCAGCAGUACAACUGGAGAGAGUGAACGCUGCAGAUCUUCCUCUCGGCCUGCUGCUUCGCUCAGCCCUGGGGCCCGCGGAAUACUGCGCGGCAGAGCCUACUCAACAGCUCCUCCUGCCGCGCUGCACAAGAGCAGCAGCGGCAGAAGCAGCAGCAAGGGCAGGCAGCAGAGGCUGUUUACUCAGCAGCUGCAAAGCGGCCCAAGGGGACUUUCUGUGGCAGCAGCACCCACUGGAGGGAGCAGCAGCGUCAAGGCUGUUCGCAUCAUGAUCAGCAGCAACAGCAGCAAGAGCAGCAACAGCAGCAACUGCAGGAGCGGCAUCGUGAGGAACCGGAAGCUCACGCCAUACCCUCUGACUGCUGCCGCCUAUGGGCUGCCUCAGCAGAGUCAGCAGGGGAUGUCGAGACACCGCAGCCAAACAGUUGCUGUUGCUGCUUCUCGCAGCAAGAGCUGCACCUGCAGCAGCAGCAGCACAAGCAGCAGAUGGGAUGGACAGCGGCCUCUCAGAGGGAACGCCUCACCUCCAGCCAGAAGAGCCACGAGCUCUGCUGCUAGAUGCACCCUUAGCAACAGCAGCAGCAACAACAACAGCAACAAGCAAGACAACCGCGCGGCAGCAAACGGGCGGCACGCCUUCGCCAAGGCGCAAACUGCAGCACCAGAAAAACCCACAGACGAAGCAGCAGCAGCAGCAGUAGCUGCAGCUGCAGACGGCGAAGCAGCUACGGGAAGAGAAGAAGCAGAUGAACGAGUAGAAGCACCAGAAGCAGACGAACCAGAAGCAGAUACAGCAACGGAAAGAGCAGCACCAACAGCAGAUGCAACAGAAAGUGCAGCAGCAGCUGGAGCAGCAGCAUCGCCAGCAGCACAAGGUGAGGCAGCCGCAGAAGCCGCAACAGCAGCGGAGGAGGCAGCAGAAGAACCAGAAGGAGAAGCAGCCGUAACAGAAUCAGCACCAGCAACCGAAGCAGCAGCAGCAGCAGCAGCAGCCAACGGAGGCGCUCAGCGGCUAAGAGCACAAACCUGCCUUUUGCCCCCCUCAGGAGGAGACGAAGGAGCGCAGCUGCUGCUCAGAUCGCAUUCUAUAGCGGUACCUUCUGCUGCUGCGCUGCAGCACAUGCAGCAGAUGCAGCUGCUCCAGCAGCAACAGCUACAGCAGCAGAUACAGCUUCAGCAACAGCUGCAGCAACACCUGCAGCAGCAGCGGCAGCAGGAGAGCGAGCAACAGCAGCAGUACAUGCUAGAACAACGACAACACGACCAACAGCUGCUGCUGCAGUUGCAGCUGCAGCAGCAGCAACUGCAGCAGCAGCAACAGCGGCUGCAGCUUCUGCAGCUCCAACAGGAGCAGCAGCAGGUCCAGCUCCUGCAACUGCAACAGCAGCAGCAGCAGCAGCAACAGCAGCAGCAGCAGCAUGCCAACUAUAUGAACCAGACGAGCUGGCAUUCAGGGGAGGGCGUCGAAACAGCACUCAGCCCGGGCCGACUUCCUUUCUGGGUGCCUUUGUCUCCCUCUCUGAACUUCAGCCAGAACAGCAGCAGAAUGCAACCCCAUAGAGAACCACCAGAAGGCGGCAACACCCCCGGCAGCAGCCGAAGCAGCAGCAGCAGCACCAGCUUGCUGCUGAGGCGCUGCAGCAACCCCAUGCAGUGGGGCUCAGCCGAUAGCUUUGAGGAACCCAGCGAAAACCCUUGGCACGAACACCUGCUGCAGCAGCAGCAGCACCAAAUGCAGCAGCGACAACGACAGCAGCAGCAGCACAACAAUGAGGAGCACCAAAUGCAGCAGCGACAACGACAGCAGCAGCAGCACAACAAUGAGGAGGAGGAGCAGCAGCAACUUCACGAUGUUGGCUAUCCGCUGCUGCACAGGACCCCUGAAGAACCCCCCAACCGCCCCUGUAGCACUAGCGAGGAAGUGCUUCAACUCAGCGGCAGCAGCAGCAACAACAACAACAGCAGCAGCGGCACCAACAACAACAGCAAGAGCGAAAACAAAAACAGCAGCAGCAGCAGCAACAACAACAACACCAACGACAACGACAGCAGCGGCUCCCUAAGGAGCCUCAGCAUAGCUAGCUUCCCAAUGAGAAGCUUCUCGGGCCUGAUGGGGGAGCCUCCACCUGAACCGACUUCAGGACUGCCUGAAGCACCAGUAGCAGCUGCUGCUCCAGUUGCAGCACCGGAGCCAGACGCAGCCGCGCGAGAAGCAGCUGAAGUGCUGUCCCCCGUUGCAGCGGGGGACAGCACUUCAGCUGCUGGAAUGGAGAGACACGCAGCGACACCAGCAGCAGCAGCAGCAGAAGACAGUGCGCCUGCAGCCGCAGCGACAGCAACAACAACAGCUAUUACGCAGCAAACUGCAGCAUCAUCAGAAAGUGCUGCAGCCGAUGCAGCAGCAGCAGCCCAGCAAUCAGUGGGAGCCGAAGAAGACGCAGUACCCGCAGCAGCACCAAAAGAAGGGGUAGAAGCAGCAGAACCAGUAGCAGCAGCACAGCCUGCAACAGCCGGACAAGCAACAGCAGCAGAAAGAGCAGCAGCGGCAGUAACAACUCCUCAGGUCUACGAGUACGCAUCUUACCGGCUCCCUUCCUACAAGAUUCUCUGCGCCGUUGCUGCAGCUCAGCGCGAGCAGCAGCAAAAGCAACAGCAGCAGCAGCAACACCAGCAGGAGACAGCAGCCUUGUACGAAUCUCUGCCUAGUGAGGCGGGAGGCCCGACAAGGGAUCAGGGGAAGGGCUCAUGGCCCUUAAGGCUGCUCUCCUUGCCCCGUACGCUGCUGCAGCCGCUGCUGCACUCAACUCGCAGCAGCAGCAAAAACAGCAACGAGAGCAGCAAUAGCAUAGAGCCCAGCAGCAGCAAUAUGGAAGAAGAGGGAACUGCUGCUGAGGGACGUCUGCCUAACAACGACCUGGAAACAGAAGGAGCGGCGCCCUCUGCCGUGGCACAACAGCAAGAACAGCACCAGCAGCAGCAACAGGAGAAACAGCAGCAACAGGAGCAACAGCAGCAGGAAGAGCAGCAGCAGGAGAAGCAGGAGCAGGAGAAGCAGCAGCAGCAGCAGCAGCAGCAGCAGCAGGAGCGGCAACAGCAACAGCAGCAGCAGGAGCAGCAGCAGCAGCAGGAGCAACAGCAGCAGCAGGACCAACAGCAGCAGCAGGACCAACAGCAGCAGCAGCAACACAGUUCCCGUGGACUGUUCGUUCCCCUCCUUGCUGGGAGCUCCUUAGCGGCUUCGAUGCUUUCACCUAGAGACACUUCAGCAGCAGCAGCAGCUGCAGCAAUAGCAGCAACUGCAACGGGUGCAGCAACAACAGCAGCAUCAGCAGCAGCAACAGCGACGGGAGCCGCAAGAGCGGCCACAGUAGCAGCAGCCGCCGCCGCCGCAGCAGCAGCAGCAGCAACAGUAGCCCCUCCAAUUGUUGCUGACGAGCCCUUUGACCCCCAACUCAGCGACGGCGAGGUGAGGCAAAACGCCGUCUAUGAGGCCUUCCCUCUAUCUCUUUCAGGUGUAUCCUCAGCUGCACCUCUCUUCCCUUGGGUGAGGCCCAGCAGCUCGCAGGCAGAAGCGCUGCUGCAGCAACUCAGUGAGGGAGAGGUCUGCAAUCAUUCGCUUGCCACGCAGCGCACUCUGCUCCUGCCAGCCCCACUGCAGCAGCAGCAGCAGCUGCAGCAGCAGCACCAACAUGCGCAGCACCAACUGCAACUGCAGACGCAGCAGCACCAACUGCUGCAGUUGCAACAACAGCAGCAGCAUCUGCUGCAGCUGCAACAACAGCAGCAACAGCAGCAGCAGCAUCUGAACUUCUUUCCUGCGACAGCUACAAGCCUGCCGUUCGCCCCAACCACCAUUCGAGCUGCUGCUGCUGCUGCAACCCCACAACUUACUGCUGCAGCACUCAACGACUACAGCAGCAACUCCAGCAUACCCACCGUAGCUACCGGCUUUAGCACCCACCUCUCUCGCCCCACGCAGCAUAUGCAGCAACGGCAGCAGCAGCAGCAGCAGCAGCAAAAUCUGAGCCUCAUGUUUCUAGAGGAGGGCCACCUGGCAACGGAAAAGCCCUCACUGCCGUCUGAGGCCGCCAGCAGCGAUGCCUCAAACGCUGUGCACAGGGCCAGCUACACCCAGCAGCAGCAACAGCAACAGCAGCAGCAACAGCAGCAGCAACAGCAGCAGCAACGGCUGCCCCGUGACCCAUUGCCACUAACGCCACAGCUACAACAGCAACAGCAGCAGCAAGAAGCGGCGCAACAGGAUCACCACGCGCAGCAGCAGCAAGGGCAGCAGCAAGAGCAGGUGCAACCAGAGCAGCAAAGUGCACACCAUCAACUAGCCGAAGCUCUCCCUAGCUGUCAGCAGCAGCAUCUGUUGCAGCAGCUAGAACAGCAGCAGCAUCAGCAAACGGUGCAACUGCAGAAGCCCGACCUCGAAAAGCAGCAGCAGCCGGACUUGCUGUUGGAAGAAGACCUCUUGCAGCAGCAACAGCAGCAGCAGUAUUUGCUGCAGCGUGUCUUGCUCAGUGAGACCUUGCCAGCACAGCAGCCGCUGUGUACCCAGCAGCAGCAACAGCAGCACGAGCAGCAGCAGCAAGCUGAGCCGACGAAGCAAACGACGCAGCAGGAAUUGCACGAGCAGCCAGAAGUACCACUGCAGCAUUUGGAGGCAACAAAAGUAUCUAAGAAGCAGGUGACCGGGGAGCUGGAAUUCAGCAGCAGCAGCAGGUGGGAGGCAGCAGCGCAGCUCAGGAUACGGGCCCCUGCAGCAGAGGAGCAUCACCGGGGACCCCUCGAUAAUUGCUGCUACUGCACGUGCCCUCAAUGCCUCCGCUGUCAGUGCUGCUGGUGCAUGGCGGGGGUCCCCCAGCAGCACGCGGCAGUGCAUGCAGCAGCGCCGCAGCUGCUGCUGCAUGCGGGGGCCCCAAUAGAAGGAAGCUGCAGCAGGAGGGAGCCGCACUUCUGCUGGGCUCACCGCAACCACCACGGCGCUGCAGCCGCCGAUGGCGUUGCUGCACAGUGGGAGGGGCCCUCCGCCUUCUCUUCAGGGGGCCCGCAUGCCCUACGAGAGUAUGCGGACCGUACCCAGGGGGCCUCUCACCUGCAGCAGAGGGCCCCCCUUACAGCUUCUGUACGCCUGCACACAGAAGCGAUAGACCCCCAAGAACUGUCUAAGGGCCACAAGGAAGAGGCUAGGGGCCCCCACCACGAGUAUGGGGCCCCACAUGAAGAGUAUAGGGGCCCCCACAAAGAGGCUGGAGUCCCCCAAGAAGGGAGUGGAGGCCCCCAAGAACUGGCUGGGGACCCCCAAGAAGAGUAUGGGGGCCCGCAGGAAGUGGCUGGGGGCCCCCAAGAAGAGGCUGGGAGCCCCCAGCCAACCCAGCAGGGGCCCCUAAGCCCCUCGGAGGAUUUAGGAUUGUUGACGUGA